GAUGAUGAGGUGGUGGAAGAAUACAAUGAAAAUAAUUUCUAUGAAUCUGAUGAAGAACAAAAAGAGAAGGAUCAGAAAGUGAAAAACACCUAUACUAUGGACCCAGAUCACAGGCUCCUGUUACGAAAUACAAAGCCCUUGCUUCAGAGCCGAAAUGCUGCUGUGGUAAUGGCAGUUGCCCAGCUUUACUGGCAUUUGGCACCCAAAUCUGAAGCUGGCAUUGUUUCUAAGUCAUUAGUGCGUUUACUCCGUAGUAAUAGGGAGGUGCAGUACAUUGUUCUGCAAAAUAUUGCCACUAUGUCAAUUCAGAGAAAGGGUAUGUUUGAACCUUACCUGAAGAGUUUCUAUGUUAGAUCAACUGAUCCAACAAUGAUCAAAACACUGAAGCUUGAAAUCUUGACAAAUUUAGCAAAUGAAGCCAACAUAUCAACUCUGCUUCGAGAAUUUCAGACUUAUGUGAAAAGCCAAGAUAAACAGUUUGCUGCAGCUACAAUUCAGGCUAUAGGCAGAUGCGCAACUAACAUCACCGAAGUGACUGACACAUGCCUUAACGGCCUCGUGUGUUUGCUGUCCAACAGGGAUGAAAUCGUAGUUGCUGAAAGUGUUGUUGUCAUUAAGAAACUGCUGCAAACUCAGCCAGCACAUCAUGGUGAAAUUAUUAAGCAUAUGGCCAAACUCUUGGAUAACAUUACGGUGCCAGUAGCCAGAGCCAGCAUUCUCUGGCUCAUCGGUGAGUACUGCGAACGGGUUCCAAAGAUCGCACCUGACGUCUUGAGAAAGACAGCCAAGAGCUUCACCAACGAAGACGACCUUGUAAAGUUGCAGAUCUUAAAUCUGGGUGCAAAACUCUACUUAACAAACUCAAAGCAGACAAAAUUGCUUACCCAGUAUGUAUUAAAUCUCGGCAAGUAUGAUCAAAGCUACGACAUCAGAGACCGUACAAGAUUUAUUAGGCAGCUUAUUGUUCCGAAUGAGAAGAGUGGAGCUUUAAGCAAAUAUGCCAAAAAAAUAUUUCUGGCACAGAAACCUGCCCCAUUGCUUGAGUCUCCUUUUAAAGGUACAACUGCCAAAACCAUUUGGGAAAUCGGAGCCACUGGCUACCUGGAGCUGUCAGACUGGCCAGAGGUGGCGCCUGACCCCUCCGUCCGAAACGUCGAAGUGCUUGAGUCGGCUAAGGAAUGGACUGGAAUUCUAGGUAAGACAAAGAAAGAGAAACCAACUGAAAAGUUCUACUCUGAAUCAGAAGAGGGGGAAGAUGAGUCUACCAGUAGCAGUGCAUCAGAGAGCGAGUCUGGCAAUGAAAGUGAGAAAGAAGAUAAGGAGGAAGACAACAGUGAUGAGAGUAGUGAUUCUUCUUCCAGUACUGAAGAAUCAAGUGACAGUGGAUCAGACAGCAAAGAAAGUAUUGCGAAGAAAACAUCCAGAGUUGCUGAUGGAAGUGAUGUAGAGGACAUUAAAAAGAAAUCAAAGGAGAGCUCCAGAAAGAGAAGCACGUCCAGUUCCUCUGAUACAGCGUCCACUUCAUCAGAAGAAAGUUCUUCGGAGUCUGAAUCAGAAUCAGACUCUAAGGGUGACUCUGAGUCUGGAAAAUCUAGAAGUGCUGCCUGUAGUAAGAAAGAAGAAAAUCCAGUGCUAGAUGGAAAAGCUCCAAACAAAGAAGAUGUGUUUCUCUUAGAUUUAGAUGAUUUCUGUCCUGUGACAACUCCUGUGGCCGUUCCUACAGCAACUGUUCUGUCCCCAAGUUUAGCAGCAGACUUAGAGGGAUUAAGCCUAUCAAGUUCAUCAGUCAUUGAUGUCACUACCCAAGUCUCUGUGCCAACAAAAACACAUGAACUGCUUCAUCGAAUGAGUGGAAAAGGAUUAGCAGCUCAUUAUCACUUCUCAAGACAGCAAGGCAUUUUCGGUGAUCGUAUGGUGUCUGUGCAAGUGACAGUAACAAAUACAACUGAUCAGAAGAUAGAGAAUAUUCACAUCAAGGAGAAGAAAUUGCCUCCAGGCAUGAGGAUGCAUGAGUUUGAUCCAAUAGAGUGCCUUGAGCCUGCAGGAUCCGUUACUGUUUUAAUGGGUAUUGACUUCUGUGAUUCUACUCAGAUGGCCAGUUUCCAGUUAUGCACGAAGGAUGAUCAGUUCAAUGUUAACAUUCAGCCCCCUGUUGGAGAACUGCUUUUGCCUGUCACUAUGUCAGAGAAAGAUUUUAAGAAGGAGCAAGGGAUGCUGACAGGAAUGAAUGAGACAUCUGCUACAGUAGCUGUUGCUCCGCAAAACUCUACUAGACCUGUAAUAAUUGAGAGGGUAGUGAAGGCAGCAAACCUAGGUGUAGUCCCUUCUGGUCAAGACAACAUACACAGGUAA